AUCAAAUGCAGAAGGCCACUGAAGCUCUAAAACAAGAAAUGUCUGUUGUCGGGUUCUUCUGGAAGCCAAGCAAGGAUUGUUUGGCUGCUUGUCUGGAAUACUUGAAAGGGAAAGGAGAUUUGGAGGGAGCAGUAGAGAUCAUUAAACUAGUUAGGGGUAAGGGUAUUGUGUCUGUGGAUAUUCAGGAGAGAUUGUUGAAUCAUAUUAAAGAUGGCGAAUCGAUAUCAAAAGUAAUUGAAAUUUUAGGAGAUGCUAUGGAUGGAGAUGAAGAAACUUCCAACGUUUCAGCAGUGAAGGAAGGUAGCAAAAGCAUAAACAUGCUUGAAACAAAUGUCUGAUAAUUAUUUGUGAAAAAACUUCGGAAGUGUAAGUGAUUAGUGGAACUUUUAACUAAAUAUAAUCUGAUAAUAAACAGCUCAUGUGACAAACAUCAUCCAUUAAAUAUAGAUCUUGAAUUUAAAAUGAAAGAAUUAAUAAAAAACUAAUUAAGGUAAUAAAAUAUUUAAUAAAAAAGAUUUUUUUUCCUAAAUCGAGUCGAAUUACUAGAUUAGGGAGACAAUUUUAGUAUGAGAAAGUUUUGAAAAUCAUUUUACUUAUUUUUUUAUG